CCCUUGAAAAUAAAGUGGUGUCAAGUAAAAAAUUAUUAUGCCUAAAGUAAAAAGUUAUUCAAUUUUGAUUUGAAGUAGCAAAUAUUUUACCUAACUUUUUCUCAACCAUUUGUGCUUGCAUGUUGACCAAGGUCCACAGUACUGACCCGUGACCAACUCCGACGAAGCUAAUUGCUAGGGUCAAACCUAACAAGACAGAAGCUCACCUAAAAAUAAUCUAACAUGGCAGAAGAUAGUAAUCAAUGGCCACCAGGUUGGUUUGGGUUGGAAUCGACCCGAGAUCGGACCAAUUAAAGUUGGAAGCAAGACCAGCUACGAUCCAUAACCAACCAUGAUAUGGGUCACAAUUGACGAGCUAAGGUUGAUAAAAUUGAGACCGGGAUUGAAAUUGAGACCAAACCAAAAUCGACCAAAAAUUUGCUACAAGUGAUAUGUACGAUGUGUAUAACCAUCUAUACACAAAACUUACUGGUAUACUCUCGAUACAUGAGUCGAGAGUCUCCUCUUUGUGACCAAAUACCCUCUGGUAUUAGUUGCUGCUCCUAGUCAAGUUAUGACUAAAAGCCUUGACAUCAAAAUUGCUGGAAAUGAAAUCAAACCGAGAUCAAAAUUGAACCAACCUAGUUACAAACCAAUUGCGGUUAUUGAUUUCGCAAAACCAAGACGCUUUAUCCAACCGGUGACCAUUUCUGAAGGAACAGGACAAUGAUUUCAAUUUCCUCCUACUUCCUUAUAAAGCGAAAAAGAGCCA